AUGCCAGACGACAGGAAUAACACCUCGGCCGACGCUUCCACCCCUCCGCCCCUCGACCCUUUCCCCACCUACCAGACCCCGUAUCCUCGCUCCGAUAAAGACGAUGAUAACCCAUUCAUCCAGUUCCGUCGCUUUGCCGACGAACAACUCUCGUCAUUCUUCCAAGGCAUCCCGCAGCUGUUCGGCUUUUCAUCUGGGAAAGAUGCAUGGAAGAAGGAUUUUGACGAAUUGAUGCGCCGGAGUAAUGAGUUGGAGGAGGGCUGGAGGAAGCAGUUCGAGCAGGAAAUGGAGGAGAUGAGACAGGAGUUCGAAAAGUCAAAGGCUGCGGCUUGGAAAGUGGUAGAAGGUGGUGAAAAGUCCCCGAACGAUAAUACACCAUGGUGGACUGGAGGAAACGCAUCGAAUUCGACAUUGAAUGGAACGGCCUCGGACAACGCAAAGAAUUCUCCGGCCUUAUAUGACGAGGACGGGCAGCCGAGAACUGAGUUGGACGCUUAUAAUGGAGUCCAGGGCUCUGAAACCGCGACGGAGAUUCCGGUAAUCAAGUCGACCUCGCGGAAGACAUCGAAUACAUCCUCAGACUCCUGGUUCUCAUCAUUCGGCUGGGAUGGGAAACGGCGAGAGCAAGAGACCGGGUCCGGCAAUGACAAAAUCAGUCUGUUCGACUCUUUGUCGGCACGGAGACAAGUUAGUCGUCCGACAACUUACACACUGUUUGGAGCUCGGAGGAUGAACCCGUUCGACAACACCGACCAUACCAUUCCUUGGCUUCUACUGAGCCCUUACUCUCCCGUAUAUCUCUGCAACCCUUCCCAAUCCAGGCUGUUCAAGGUCAAGAUCCAGGACUCCGCGGGUCAAUCAUUUCAGAUCUCUCGACCACGAUUCUUCGAGCGGUGGUAUACAGAUGUCGAUGAGAAGAUGGCGAGGCAAAUUCCUUGGGCAGAUGCUUUUGAGGACCUGCUCAGCCUGCAACAGACUGGCAAGAUGGUCGACAGGGACACUUCAACCUGGCGGACUCCCAGUGACUGGAUUCAUGGGUUAGUUCACCGUGGAAGCCUUGGUCCCGCGUGGGGAUUCGACCAGCAAGGACUUUUGAUCAAACGCUCGAUUGAUACGAAGUCCUUGGACACACAGCCUAUUCCAAAGAAACAAGGCGGAUGGCGUGAUGGAGCUGGGCAGGUCUGGGAAAAGGAAGACGAGGAAGCGGCAACCCCCAAAACCUUACCAGCUUCAAACUCGAAUGAAGAGACCUCGGAAGACUUUCUUGACGACUUUGUAGAUAGGGCUGCCGAGCGUCUCGGUCCUUUCCCUCUUUUCGGAAGCAUUCUUUCCGCAGCUGAUUCUAUCGUCGCCGCCGUGGACCAGGCAACGAAGGAUUUCGAAGCAAUGUCGAAGAGCGCAGAACCUGAAACCCAGGCCGAGCCCGAAUCCGCCGUCACCAAAGAAGCAGCCAACACAUCUACCUAUUCGACAUCCAGUUCUUCAGCAUACUCAUACGAGAACUCAGUGGCUUUCUCGGCCCCUGAAGAGCAAACUGCACCUUCGAAGUCACUCAUCUCAACCCUGACCACGACAGUCACGCGCACUCUUGCAGAUGGUUCCGUCGAGACGAAACGUGUACUGAAGAGACGUUUCGCGGACGGGACGGAAGAGACCAAUGAAAGUGUUGAAGUGAAGAAUCUCCCCAGCGUCCAGCGAACGAGAGCUGCAGAAGUGGGCGUUGACAAGCAGACUCAGACACUUCCUCCGACAGCGGAUCGCAGUCAGCCGCAACAUGACGGUGCAGACCAGGGCUCCGUACAGCAUGCCUUGGCUCAGCAAAGUCUCAGUCCAGAGCAACAGACCAAAGGCGACGGUAAGGAGGGAACCUCGAAGAGAAGCGGAUGGUUCUGGACCUGA